AACAGGCCAUGAUUGUUCGCAAUGCAAAGGACACUGCUCAUACUAAAGCAGAAAGGAACAUCCUAGAGGAAGUUAAGCAUCCCUUCAUUGUGGACCUCAUAUACGCCUUUCAGACAGGAGGCAAACUUUACCUCAUCCUGGAGUACCUAAGCGGUGGAGAGCUGUUCAUGCAGCUGGAGAGGGAGGGGAUCUUUUUGGAGGACACAGCCUGCUUUUACCUGGCAGAGAUUUCCAUGGCCUUGGGUCACCUUCAUCAGAAAGGCAUUAUCUACAGAGAUCUGAAGCCAGAGAACAUCAUGCUCCGUAACAAUGGUCAUGUGAAGUUGACAGACUUUGGACUCUGUAAGGAGUCGAUCCAUGAUGGUACCGUCACACACACCUUCUGUGGAACCAUAGAGUACAU